UCAGAUAUGAUUGUUUGAUCAUUGAAUGAAUUUCGAAAGUAAAUGAUUGCUCGAUAAACAUUUCGAUUCAUUUCAAUAAUUCAAUAAACUGACGAUUGAUCAUAAUAUCAUGAAAAUGCGAGGAAUAAUAUUUCUGUUGGCUGUCGUUUUAGAAGCAAGUGUUGUGACAACUCAUGCAAAAAAUGUCGUCUGUUACGUUGCCGAUUGGACUAUUGGUCGCCCAGAACCCGGAAGAUUUGACAUUGACAACGUUGAUGCAAAUCUUUGCACUCACGUGAUAUACGCCUUCGUUGGUUUAGGUGAUAAUAAUAAUAUAAAAUUACCAGACAGAGGAGUAGAUGGUUUCGAUAAACUCCGAGCUCUAAAAAAUAUAAAUCCAAAUCUCAAGACUUUGGUGGCAGUUGGAGGAGGUGCAGAAGGAUCAGAGAGAUUUUCAAGAAUAGCUUCAUCACCAGAAUCUCGUGGACAGUUUAUCGAGAAUGCUAUUAGUUUGAUGAAAAACUUUAAUCUCGAUGGUCUUGAUCUUGACUGGGAAUAUCCAGCUCAAGGUAACGGUGCAAGUCCCCAAGAUGUUCCAAACUAUACCAACUUAGUGAGAGAAUGCAAAGCUAGAUUUUCUGGUCAAUAUCUAUUGACGGCUGCUGUUCCAUCGUCUGAAUGGUCUGCCAGGCCUUCAUACGAUAUUGCUGGAGUUUGCAACAAUCUAGAUUUGAUUAAUUUAAUGGCUUAUGAUCUUCAUAAUGUAGGAGACCCUGUAACUGGCAUGCAAGCUGGUUUAUAUGGACCUGGAAAAGAUGACACAGACACUGUCAAUGCUGGUGUGCGGUUUUGGAUUAACAACGGCUGUCAAGCUGAAAAAAUUAAUCUUGGUGUACCAUUCUACGCUAAAACUUGGACACUUACUAAUCCAAAUGAUAAUGGCGUUGGUGCACCUGUAUCUGGACCAGGUUCACCUGGACCAUUAUCAGCAAAUCCUGGAUCACUGUCUUACUCUGAAGUUUGCUCAAAAAUUAAUGCUGGUGGCUGGACAGUUCGGUAUGAUGAACAAAGAAGAGUUCCAUACGCAUUCCAGGGUGAUCAAUGGAUCGGUUUUGAGAACGUACAGUCUGUGAGUGAAAAAGUUCAAUAUGCUAAAGAUCAGCAACUUGCUGGCGUGAUGGUUUGGGCAAUAAAUGAUGAUGAUUUUCAUGGUAUUUGUGGUGAUCAAUAUCCACUUUUGCACGCACUGAAUACAAUCAAUAAUUAAAUAAUAAUUUGAUAGCUUUAUUUCACGUUAUUACGGUAAUAAAUAUAUUACCUAAAUAUUA